AUGUCUACCUCGACGCCAAACCCUGAUGGACUCCACCCUAUAGUGGAGCUGAACUUCAAAGGUGUUUUUCUUAAAAAUCCUUUCUCGUAUAACCAUGGUAUCAACUUCACUUUCAAUGAUCACGAUUUUUCUGGAAUGACAUACGGUGAAUGUAUCACCUUUCUCGAACGGUUCAUGCAAGAAAGUAUAAAGAAGUUAUACUAUUGUGAACCAUGUAAGCCCUUAAUAUCUGGGAUAACUGCUAUCGCUAAUGAUGAAGAUUAUGGUGGUUUCAUUUUUCAAGCAUAUGAGACAGAUGGUAAAAUUUGUACGUAUGUGGACCAUGAUGGUCAAGGAAUAGAAGAUUGGUUUGGCUCUGAAAUAGAAGAGGAGGAUGGAGAUGAUUCUUGCAUUGAUGGUGAUGCUUAUGAAGUGGAUCUUGAAGAAAGAACUUGCUCAUGCAGGCUUUGGCAGCUUAAUGGAAUCGCUUGUGUCCAUUCUGUUGCAACUAUUAGUUUUAUGAAUAGGGAUGUAGAGUCAUAUGUGGACAAAAUGUUUAGUAGCAUCACUUACAUGAAGGAAUACAAGUUUAGGUUAGCACCUAUGAAUGGAAGUAAUUUGUGGCCUGCAACUGAUUACACCCCACCUUUACCUCCUGUUCGUAGAACUAUGCCUGGGAGACCUGCAACUAAAAGGAAAAGGGAUGCAACAGAAACCCCAAACCAGUCAAGUAAAAAAUCAAAGACAACUACCCAAACACAAAACAAAGGUAAGGAGCAGGUGAAGGUAUCCAAGGCUGGGAAAAAACAAAAAUGUAGCCUUUGUAAGAUUGAAGGACACAACAAAAGAGCUUGUACUUUAACAAGGCCUCCUAAAACCAAAGCUAAUAGAAAAACAAAACAGGGUGUAGCUGAAGCGCUCAAUGAGGACGAUGAAGGUAAUCAAGCUAAUGCAGUCAAUGAUGGAUGA